AUGUCCACGGACAGUAACAUCAAUUCUCAGCAAGCACCGACGAGAGCCCCGGACGUUUUUAAAAUUGGAAAAACAGAAUAUGUUAGAUUCAAGGAGACCUACUUUUAUCCACGACCCUACCGAACUGAUAGAACUAAAAUUUAUCAAGAAAAGGAGGAUCCACGAACGGGAAAGUUAGCCUAUUUUCAUUGGGGAUCCAAACAAUUCCUUGCGAGUUAUUUGGAUUUUCCUGAUUAUGUUACGUUGGAGGAGCAGAACGAAUCAACAACGGCCAAUACUACAGGCACCUCCUUAGCAUCAACAACAACAUAUGAUGCUUCAUCAUCAACUCCACCCUCAACACCCGUAACACCCCCAACACAUUCCAUACCGCCAACAACUCCACAACAACCUAACACUAGUUCAAUCCCUCAACAAGUCAAAGACGAAAAGAAGGAUGCUUCAUCACCAUCAUCCUCUGACUCAAUCAACAACAAGAGCACAAAACCUCAAGAUCAAGCUUCUUCCAAGGGCAGCGUAGUACCAACACAACAAAUCCCUGCCUCUCCAACCACAGCGGAGAAAAACAAGGAUGUUCCCUCCCCUACUCAACAAUCAAUCACAACUACGGAGCAGCAAGGAAAAGAGUCCACCGUUAUCACUUCGAAUGGUACCUCUGAAGAAAAGAGUCCACAAAAAGUGGUUAAACAAUCCGAUGAGGACUCUCCAGAGAGUAGAUCAACAGAGUCGGAUGCAUCCAAAUUGAAGAAGGUAACCAUUGUAGAAGAUAAUGAGAAGGUCAAGAAGAAGGCUGCCACAAUGGUCAGCAGCCCAACAACCCCCACGACACCAGAACAAAAGAAAUCAAUGACAACGAUUCAGGGUAACUCUGGAACUUCGUCUCAAGAGGAUUUCAAAGACUUUACUUCUGGAAAGAGAUUGUCAUUCAUUGGCAAAAAGAAUUUGAGCUCAAAACAAAACUACUCCAAGAAGGAUUUAGCAAGAACAGAAUUUGAUGAUCAAAUUGAGGAUGAGUUGUUUGUGCUUCCUGGAAGAGGAGAGGUGCAUGUUCACACAGCUUUCAAAGCCAGUCUUUUUGUUUCACCCAAAACUAAGAAGGAUCGAAUUGUAAUUUUAGCACGAGAUUUUGUUGGAGCUUUCUGCUUGUUCAUUGCCGGGCAAGAUGGUAAAUCUAAGAAAAAUAUAAUCUUAAAUGCCUUACCAUUGAUUGACUUCUUUGAUAUUAAUGAUGAGAAAGAUUCCAAGUUUAUUCUCAUUAUUGAUGGUGUUGAGCUUAUUCUUCAAGCAAAUGCAAUAAGCAAGGAAAGGCUAAAGGUUGGACUGGAACUGGCCUACAAUGAAAUUGAAAGCAAAAAAGAAAUUGACUUGCACUAUUACCGCCUCGCAUCAGUUGAGUUUGCAAAUUCCUACUACAAACCAAUCACUGAAAAUACUGGACCAGCAGUCGUAAAAUCCAUCAUCGAGGCUGAUCCAUUUGAAACUGUGGACGAGAGCAUCCAAGAAACAACAGAUACAUUUGUUGUCAGCAAAUAUGAGCAGGGCUUGAGAUACUUGCACAUUGUCUCAAGAAAUUCGUUUGAAAGAGAUGCAGCUUUGCAAGAAGUGUUGUCAUAUAUUGAGAAAAAUUUGAAGAAAAUGGACAAAACAAUGCUCGAAAAAUGUUUUCGUGUUUUGGAAAUUAUUUUCAAGAAUCCAACAACAACUGAAAAGCCGGAAUUGAGAAAUACUUUCCUUAAAUUAAUGCAUGAUAUUAAGCAAUCAAAGAAAACCAAUGACGAAUCAAUUGAUGAAAUUGUAAAGUUAGGAAAUUUGAGCUUUAAAGCGAUUGAAUAUUGGAGAUCUAGAGCCAAGCUCAAAGAAGUUCCCUUUGGCGAAGAUUUCCAACCUGUGUCGCAAAAGCUGAAAGCAAAAAAAGAGGUACAACAAGAGAAGUUAAUGAGAGAAUCAAUUAUCCAGAAAAAAUUACCUUCAGGUGUUUUUUUGGGCGUAUUAUUUUUUACUAGGAGUGGUGAAAUUUUGUCAGAUCGUAACGACAAUUUGCCAUCUGUCAAAUUGGAAAGAUUAAUGUAUCAUAUUGAGGCCUCCAAACGACUCGACCAUCCUGAUUGGCAAUGGUUAAUGCGCCAAAGUCAACACUCUUUCUCGAAUUCUAUUCUUGAGCUGGUUCCUUCCUUAUCGAAUCCUCAAGUUGUGAUGGAUGUAUUUAGAACAGAAUUUCUUAGAGGAUUUAACGACCUCUAUCGAGCCAUUAAUCAAUCAACCAAGCCCAGUACUGACCUUGGAGUGCUGCUAGAUAAGGUUGUUACUAUGAAGGGUCAAAAUAUUUUGUACUACCUCAUGGUUAAGCAAGUCGAAGAUGAAAAAUUCGAGGUUCCCAACGGAUACAAGUGGGACAAUGCCGUAGACUUUGAAUAUAGACAAUAUCAAAAGUACGAAAAUUUAGAUGAUUCAUUUGUUAUCGAUAAAUUAGAGAGCCACUAUAAUGGAUCUCGAUGGGUCAAUAAUGCAAUAGAUUAUUACAGAGCUAUAACCUCUAAAACAUAUAAUGAAGGAUUGUGGAUGGGGUAUUUCAAUUUUAAACUGGAUUCAAAUGGCUCGUAUCAGAUCAUUGUUGAGGACAAAUGCAGAUUUAUGAUUCCUUCUGUCAAAAUAGCCGACAAGUUCGAUGCUAAAAAGCUCAAAGAUUUAAUGACAGCAGGUAUCGACUCUAUUCGCUCUCUAGAAGGUGUUGUUACUGAGGAAACUCCCGAUUAUCAAUGUGACACUUUCGAAAAACAAAUAUUCAGGGCUCAAUUUCAACUAAAGAAGAAAAUUGGCAAGGACACCUUGGGUCAUUUAUACAAGAAUGAAGUAAUUGAGCUGGGAGACAAAACAAAAAUGGUCGUCUUCAUAGAUACAGAUUCGAACUUCAAUAUCAGCAACGACUUGCACAGAUUUUUAUGGAGAGAUGAGGUUUCGUUUGAAGCUCUUCACAUUGGAAUGUUCCAUCCUGUUCUCCUCGAUCAAUAUAUGAAUACCAUUCGCAAGCAAUUGUCUUUUGAUAAUACCAUAUUCAAUGACAGCUCUACCUCUACUGAUGAAUAUUUAAGGAGAAAGAAUGUGGUUAACAAUAAUAGACUAAAGGAAAUGAUACGAGCAGAAGAAGCUAUAUCGUUAAUACGGUGGCCCUAUCGAGUUAUCUCAUGCUACUUGGCAACCGCUCAAUCAAAACAACAAAUUGUGGAAAUUGUAUCAAAUGGUCGAACGUAUGCCAAGUUGAUAUAUGACCAAACAAUUGGAAAAAAGAAAUCUUUCAAAGAGUUCAAGAAUGAGCUGUUCAAGACCCAGGACUCUCAAGAAGUAGAGGCAAAGAAACAGAAAUAUCUUGUCAUGCAAAAUUUGAAAAACAAUGAGCAAGAAGAUUUGGAACGCUCCACCUGUUCUGUGUAUGAUGUGGAAGUAAAUAUUGAAGAUGUCUGUGACGUGGACUGCCUUGUAUUGGGACCCACUAAGGAAGAAUUGCUUCAAAUAAUGGUUGAAGAAGAGGUACAAAUGAGUAUCAUCGAACAUGUAGAUAGGAUGGAGUUGGAAGCCAUUAAGAACACAUUGGAUGAUGUAAUUUCAAUCAUUGAGGUUACCACAGAUUUGGUUGAUUAUGCCAUGUUUGAAGAACGGCUGAGGGUGUCGAAACAAGCUCUGAAAGAUGAAAGACUUGACUAUUUACAGUCCGUUUUUUCUGGUGUCAAAGUUGAAAGAGAACAAACAUCUUUGUUCAUCGACAUGGAGGAGGCAACAUAUGACCAUCUGUACCGAAGUUCGAUACAAGCAUUUGAUGGCUUGCUAACUCAAUCUUUUAAGCUACUAUCAGCAAUUGACAAGACUCAAACAAUGAUUGAUCUAGCAGAAACUAUGUAUAUCCACAACUUGAACGUUGAAAAACAACAAAAAGUGUUGAGAUCCAUUCAGAAAAUUCAGGACAAACAAAUUGAGAUGAAUAUUGCUUCGCAAGGAGGAAGGGAGAGCACUACUGCUAACCUCUCCAAAACUGGCAGUCAUCACAAUCUACUCCAAAGAGCAAGUAUCAACAUGGAUGAAGAAAGACUUCGAAUCAUGCUUGAAGAAGAAGAGCAAAAGAGAAGUGAGAGUGUCGAAAAGAAGAUGAAAAAGUUUGUGAAACGCGCCAUGGGUUAUCAAUCGUUUUCUCUUCCAUGUGGGCCUGGCGAUUUGAGUGUUCAGCCAAAACCUGUUGCAUUGAAUCAGUCUGCAAAACCAAGCACUACCUCUUCUUCGACUGCAAACAACACAGCAAAAAAGAAACCAUCAACCAAAGUUCCAGCUACCAGCACACUUGGUACAAAUGCAUCCCUAAUUAACAAGCUUCUUGAUCAAUCAAUGUCAGCUUCAAAAGCAAAGUCCAUUCUUGCCAAGUUAAAGGUGGACUCUCGAUCAACCAACAACACAGCACAUAAAUAA